AAAUCAUUAAGAUACGAAAUGAAUCAAAUAUAUGUGGAAUUCUUUUCUGAGUCACUUUUGGUAACAAAUAUAAUCAAGUCUACAGAGAUGAAAAAAUAAAAAUAAUUUAUUUUCUACACUCAGCGCGUUUUACCAUGACGCAUGUGUCAUCAAUUGACAUCCCGAUGAAUAUUUUUUGUUUUUAUAGAGAAAUAAUUUCUUUGUAUUAAAACAAAAAUAAUUUGUGUUAAGUAGCUCAGUUAUUAAUAAGAAUGGCAGACUUAGAUACACACAAAGACGAUCUUACAACUGAUGCUGUGCCAAAUCCUAGACAAACACAAAAUGGUGAACAUAAUCUUGAAGAAGAGACUAUAUUUGAUAAUAAUUUAGGAGAAAAAGGUCCUCACUAUGAAGAAAUUAACAAAAACAAAUCAAGCACUUUUACCAUCGGAAAGAGAAGAAAUCCAAGGAAGUUCAGUCCAUCAUCAGCUUCAGCAACAAUAAUAAACAUAACAAAUUCAAAAGACGUACACAUUGGAACCAAGAACACUUAUAAUUUCAGUGGCAAUGAAAGACAAAAAAAGGCUGAUGUCCCAGAGACUGCUGCGAUUAGAUCAAUGAAAGACAGUAAACUAAAGGUGUCAAAAAAUGAUUUACAAUUUGUUGCCACUUACAUGGAUUCUCAAUGGAAAGAUGUAGCAAGAGCCUGUGAUAUUGGGGAUGGUCAAAUUUCUCAAUUUAUUGCCGAUCAUCAAGCUUAUGGAAUAAAAGAAGUGAUAUACCAAGUGUUACUUGAUUGGUACCAAAAUGAUCCUGAAGAAGCGACUGUUGGAAAGCUUUGUACUAUUUUAUGGGAGAACAACCAAAAAGAUGUUGUUGCUAAAUGGUCCCAUAGAAGAGAUUAACUUGAAAAAUUAAUAUUGUUGUAUAUAAUUGUUGAAUAUAUUCAUCACUUAAUUUAGGGACCAAAAAUAUAUUUUAUUAUUCACUUUAAAUAUAUAUGUAUAUAAAUUUUGAAUAUUGACUUUUCUGUAUAAAUUUUAAAAUUAUAUUUAACUUUAUGCCGUG